AUGAAUAUUCUUUAUUAACGCAUAUACAAUUAGUUCUCAAUUAUUGGUCCCUCAAAUUUAACUCAACAAUUCCAAGACAUCUAACCAGACACAGAACAUAUAACCAACAUUAUUGUCGUUGUAGGCACUCAUGAAUGUAAGAAAAAAGCACAUCAUUUAAGAAUCAAUGAAUAACUCCUCCUGAAAAUAGAAAAAGAUUCUACCAAACCUCCCAUUACAGAUUUAUCAUUCUACUACUUAGAUGUUCAUGAGUCUAAUUUAUAGUUGAAUAUCGACUAUAAUAUCUGCACUAUCUAAGAAGACGAUUCAAAAUGGCAUUAUUAGAAUGGCAAUUUAGAUUUUACCUAUGAUCUCUCCAAUGUAUUCGGUUACCAAACCAACAAUAAAACAGCCUUAGUACUCUGUUAUNUUUUGUCUGGAUCUUUUGAAAUUUACAAUCUCACUGGAACAGAGGUGCUAAUCUCUAUUAGUAUAUUGAAUUUGUACAUCUAUUAUCAGUAAUACUUGUGGAGUCCCAGCAAGUAGGGACUAGCCUAAUUUGAGAAUCUGAAUCAGAAUGUCAUGAUCAGUAAUAGGGAUUAUGAUGAAAUCGAAAUUGAAAAUAUCUAUGUCAAUUAAGAGAAUGUUGUGGAUGAGAAGUUUUAGGUCCAAGAAGAGAAGGGAAUGUUGGUUGAAUGA